UGGUCGAAUUAAAGAUUUAGCAAAAAACACACAAUUCUCUCACAGCAAACCUCCGCCGCAGAAACCCUUCCCAAAUUCAGUCACACCUCCCAAUUCCACUCCCAUGGCGGUGCCGACGACUGCCGCCCAUUACCUCCAAACCCCGCCGGAAACGCCGCCGCGGCUCUCCCGCCGCCGCCCGUGUCCUCCCCGAUCCCUCGCCAUGGCAGCGUUGCCCAAGAAGAAGGUGAACCGGUACGACUCGAACUGGAAGAAGCAGUGGUUCGGGCCCGGAAUAUUCUACGAGGGGGCGGAGGAUCAGGAAGUCGACGUUUUCAAGACUCUGGAGAAGCGGAAGGUUCUGAGCACCGUCGAGAAGGCGGGGCUGCUGACGAAGGCGGAGGAGCUCGGCGUGACGCUGUCGGCGAUCGAGAAGCUCGGCCUGCUGUCCAAGGCGGAGGAUCUCGGCCUGCUCAGCCUCCUAGAAUCGGCGGCGGGGUCGUCGCCGUCGCUGCUGGCGUCGGCGGCGCUGCCGGUUCUGGUGGCGGCUAUUGUCACGGUGGUGGUGAUUCCGGAUGACUCGGUGGCGCUGGUGGCGGCGCAGGCUCUGAUCGCCGGGGUUCUGGCGGCCGGCGCCGCCGGGCUGUUUGUGGGGUCGAUUGUUCUGGGAGGAUUGCAGGAGGCAGAUUAGAGAUGUAAUUAGUUGUUAAUGGUGUAAUUAAUUAUGUUUUGUGGUUUGAUGAAGCUAAUUGUUUAUACUAAGAUGGUUUCGAUUUUUUAUUA